CGUAAUGUUUAAUUUGUUGGUAUACAGUAUAGUAAAGAUGCCCUUGACAUCAGCUGAUUCUGUAUACCUGUAGUGUGCACGUAACUUGCAACAUGUAUCGAUUGUUAUGGCAAUGGAGUACAAAAGAUUGAUAAGAAUAUAACUGAAUAAAAUACGUGAUAAGACAUACAAUAAUAUAUCUACUUCUACUUUCUUUCAUCGUUAUUAAGAAAAUAAUUCCACAGAAAUGGUGAACGAAAUCAAAAAGAAGGUAAUAUUGCACUGGAAUUGUCGGGGUCUUGUGGAACUUCCUGAAGCAAUAAGAAUCUAUGGAAGUCAUAUUCAAGAGAUAUAUUUAAAAUGGAAUAAACUUAGUGCAUUGCCUCCAUGGAUCGUAGAACUAUUCAAUGUAACUAAUUUGUACAUAUAUGGGAACUUAAUCAAAGAAUUACCUCUUGAACUUUGCCAAAUGAGUCAGUUAACAGUUCUUGAUUUGAGUGCUAAUAAACUAGAACAAAUACCAUCUGAAAUAGGAAAAUUAGUCAACUUAAAAUCUUUAUCGCUAAAUCAAAAUUUUAUAGACAGAUUACCAGCUGAAAUGAAUCAGAUGCAACACUUAGAAAUUUUGUCCAUUUCUGGAAAUAAAUUUGUGGCAUUACCAGAAUGGAUUGGUUCUUUGCCUAAGCUAAAAGAAUUAAAUGCAGAUAAUAAUUGUUUAAAAGAAUUACCCAAUAGGCUUACCUUAUCGCCAGAAAUAUCAGUAAUUUCUGUGUGUUCUAACAGGCUAAGGUAUUUACCACUAAAUGGAUUUGUGUCGUCCCCUUGCAUUAGAUUUGAUGCAAAUGUGUAUUUGAAUUAUUUGUCUUAUCCACUUCUUUAUCAAUUAACUACUCAAGCUCAAGAUUUAUUUACGAAUAAUCAAAGAAGUGUUUUGGGUUACGGAUGUCUUAAAAUGAAUUGUGAGAAUACAGUAUUACACACAAAUAUAAAGUUAAACAUAAAAAUAAAUGCAGUGCAUGGAAAAGAUACUGAUUUUAUGAUUGAAUUACCACGACAGCUUUUUAAAGUUCACAAUAUACGUGAAAAUACAGUUGUUUCUCUGUGGGAGUUAGCUUUGAGAAAAGCUUACACUAAAAGGUAUAAGCAUACACUUAAUAUUUUUACAUCACCUGUAAAUAUAGAUGUUCAGUAUGAACCGAUUGCCUUAAAUAAUGAUCAAAAUCUUGAUUUUUCAAUGCAUCCCAUAAACCAUACUUCAUGUAACUUGCUAACUAAUGGACCUGUUAGUAUUUGUGUACACUCUGAAUGUCAACAGCCAAUCUUCACAGAAGCUUGGGUUAUUGUUGGUAUUAGCCAUUAUGCACAGCCUAUAACAACAGUUGCAUUAUGUUGCUGUAAAAGAUGCGCAUCCGAAUUUACUAAACAUUCCAAAAUGACAGUCAAUCACGACUGGUAUUAUAUAAAUUAAUGGUAUUUGCAUUGUUUAAAUAGGUAAUUCUGUAAAUAUAACAUACAAAAAAUAAAAAGGUAUUAAUAUUUUUA